GCCGGUGCCGGAGCGAUGGCGGGGCCGGUGCUGGCGGUGCUGGCGGGGCUGUGGGCACCGGGGGCGGCGGCGGGCGGGGAGGUGGUGGCGGCGCGUCCCGGGGCGCUGGAGGAGGAGAUCGUGUCGGAGAAGGCGGCGGAGGAGAGUCACCGGCAGGACAGCGCCAACCUGCUCGUCUUCAUCCUGCUGCUCACCCUCACCAUCCUCACCAUCUGGCUCUUCAAGCACCGCCGUGCCCGCUUCCUCCAUGAGACCGGCCUGGCCAUGAUCUACGGAGUCCUGGUCGGCGUGGUCCUGCGCUACGGCAUCCACGUCCCCAGUGACGUCAACAACGUGACGCUGAGCUGCCAGGUGCAGACCAGUCCUGCCACGCUGCUGGUCAACGUCAGUGGCAAGUACUAUGAGUACACCCUCAAGGGGGAGAUCAGUGCCCACGAGCUCAACAAUGUCCAGGACAACGAGAUGCUGAGAAAGGUGACUUUUGAUCCUGAAGUAUUUUUCAACAUUUUGCUUCCUCCAAUUAUCUUUUAUGCAGGCUACAGCUUGAAAAGGAGGCACUUCUUCAGAAACCUGGGAUCCAUCCUAGCAUAUGCCUUUCUUGGCACUGCAAUUUCCUGCCUGGUCAUUGGCUCCGUGGUCUAUGGCUGUGUGGCACUGAUGAAAGUCACUGGGCAGCUCGGGGGAGACUUCUACUUCACUGACUGCCUCCUGUUUGGUGCCAUUGUGUCAGCUACUGACCCAGUGACUGUUCUUGCCAUAUUCCAUGAACUCCAGGUCGAUGUUGAGCUCUAUGCCCUUCUCUUUGGCGAAAGCGUCCUCAACGAUGCCGUUGCCAUAGUGCUGUCUUCUUCCAUUGUUGCAUACCAGCCGGCGGGAGACAACAGCCACACGUUUGAUGUCACAGCCAUGUUCAAGUCCAUUGGGAUAUUCCUGGGGAUAUUCAGUGGAUCUUUUGCAAUGGGAGCAGCUACUGGAGUUGUGACAGCUUUAGUCACCAAGUUCACCAAGCUUCGGGAGUUCCCACUGCUGGAGACUGGUUUGUUCUUCUUGAUGUCCUGGAGCACCUUCCUGCUGGCUGAAGCAUGUGGCUUUACAGGUGUGGUGGCUGUACUUUUCUGUGGGAUCACACAGGCCCAUUACACCUAUAACAACUUAUCUACAGAGUCCCAACACAGAACUAAACAGUUGUUUGAGCUUCUGAAUUUCUUGGCAGAAAACUUCAUCUUCUCCUACAUGGGACUUGCACUGUUCACCUUCCAGAACCAUGUCUUUAACCCUACCUUUGUGGUGGGGGCUUUUCUUGCUAUCUUCCUAGGAAGAGCUGCCAAUAUUUACCCACUCUCAUUUUUACUAAAUUUGGGGAGAAGAAAUAAGAUUGGAACAAAUUUGCAGCACAUGAUGAUGUUUGCUGGGCUGCGAGGAGCCAUGGCCUUCGCCUUGGCCAUCCGUGACACGGCCACCUACGCCAGGCAGAUGAUGUUCAGCACCACCCUGCUCAUCGUCUUCUUCACGGUGUGGGUGUUUGGUGGGGGCACCACCGCCAUGCUGUCCUGCCUGAACGUCCGGGUCGGUGUGGAUGCAGAUCAGGAGAACGUGGGCGUCCCUGAGAGCGAGAGGAGGAGCACGAAGGCAGAGAGCGCCUGGCUCUUCCGCAUGUGGUACAACUUUGAUCACAACUAUCUAAAGCCCCUGUUGACACACAGUGGCCCUCCUCUGACGACCACCCUCCCAGGGUGCUGUGGACCUAUUGCCCGGUGCCUGACAAGUCCACAGGCAUAUGAAAAUCAGGAGCAGCUGAAGGACGAUGACUCCGACCUGAUCCUGAACGACGGCGACAUCAGCCUGACCUACGGGGAUUCCACCGGCGGCACCGACUCGGCCGCGCCGGGCGGCACGUCGCGGCGCCUGGCGGGGAACAGCUCCUCCGAGGAUGCCCUGGACCGGGAGCUGGCGUUUGGGGACCAUGAACUCGUAAUCCGGGGGACGCGCCUGGUCCUGCCCAUGGACGAUUCGGAGCCGCCCUCCAGCAUCCUGGACAACGCCAGGCACGGUCCAGCCUAA